AUGCCUGCCGAGUUUCUCACUAGCAACCCCCCCCCACUCUGGAUCACUCUCUACCACAUCGUCACCCGCCUCCCUGACUCUCUGUGCGCAGUCAGGGACCACUUCCUCUCUCGCUCCCCCACUGAGCUCACCAUUGCCCUCCUCGAGAAGGAACUGCUUGCAGCUGAGACGAGCAUCGUCGCUGUAGGCACCUCUCGUGGCGACCCCCGCACCCCGUUCUUUGAGGGGUGUUCCCCUUCCCCCCUCCUCCCCUCUGUCGCCUCUGCUGCUGCUGUCGACCUUCUUGGUGCUGAGAAGGUCGGGACCGCGUCUGCUUCGAGCGGGCGCCGCAGGAACAAGGGGGGCAGGGGUGGGGGUGGCGGCGGAGGAGGUGGGGGUGGAGGCGGUGGGAGUGGAGGCGCGGCUGGGGAGACUAGUGGCGGCAGUGGGGGAGGAGACAGCAGCGGUGGGAGUGGUGGUGGAGGCGGCAGCGGAGGCGGAGGUGGUCGUGGCGGCGGCAGGGGUGGAGGUGGCCGGGGCGGCGGCGGUGGGGGUGGUGGUCGUGGAGGCACUGGCGGAGGCCCGAGUCAGCAGCCCGCCCCGACGCUUCAGGCCGCCCGUGAGUGGUAUGCGCAGCGUAGCGUUACCUGCACGUACGUCAUUCGCACAGGUGACCGCAGCGGCCAGCAGUGUGGGAGGCCACACCCCACGCAGCGCUGCUUCGCGCGCCUUAACGACGCGUGGCGCACUCAGUUUCCUGCUGCCACUGAGCUGCCGCGCUGGGCUGAUCUGGAAAAGAGGGGUGUUGAUAUUUGGGCUUUAGACUUUGAUGCUAUUCUCACUGCCAUGUAUGCGAUGUCUAUUAGUGCUCGUGCGUCCGUGCCCCCUCGUACUGAGUCGACUGCAGCACUGCACACCUUCACACUAGACUCAGGUGCUUCUCGCUCCUUCUUUCGUGACCGCACUGUCCUUGAGCCACUCGCUCGGCCAGUUGCUGUCUCCCUUGCUGACCCCUCUGGGGGUCCGGUCAUUGCGACCUCCUCCACUGUCCUUCCUUGUCUUGCGGUCCCGUCCGGCACGCUGUCAGGUCUCUACCUCCCCUCGUUCUCUACGAACUUGGUGGCAGGUAGUGCGCUCCAGGACGGGGGUGUUCACCAGUUCACCCCUGCCUACGAGCGCGUGACACACUGCACGUGUGCUCGGACGGGUCGCCACCUGGCUACCUUCACUCGGGAGCCGGGGUCGGACCUUUACACACUGACCACUGAGUCCCCUCAGGUAGCUGCGUCCGCGUCUGCGUCUGCGUCAGGUCAGCUGUCCGCCCCCUGCUCGUGUCGCUCUCUGGCGCAUGAGACUGUCCUUUGGCACCACCGCCUUGGUCACCCGUCUGUGCAGCGCCUUCGGGCCAUGCACAAACGGGACCUUGUUGCUGGUCUUCCCAGGGUGCUCCCUCCCCUUCCCGACUCGCCUGCUCCUCCCUGUAUUCCCUGUGUCGAGGGACGGCAGCGCGCCGCUCCUCACUCCUCCUCCUUUCCCCCGACGACUGCUCCCUUGCAGACGCUCCACAUAGACGUGUGGGGCCCAGCCCGCGUCCGUGGUCAGGGUCAGGAGAGGUACUUCCUGAUUGUUGUUGACGACUUCUCGCGCUACACCACGGUCUUCCCCUUGCGCGCCAAGGGUGACGUCCCUGAUGUCUUGAUCCCUUGGAUCCGCAGAUCUCGUCUCCAGCUCCGUGAGCGUUUCCGCUCCGACUUCCCUGUCCUGCGUCUGCACUCUGACAGAGGUGGGGAGUUUUCCUCUGGCCUAUUGGAGGCCUUCUGUCAGCAGGAGGGCAUUGAGCAGUCGUACACGCUUCCGGCCUCUCCACAGCAGAAUGGGGUUGCUGAGCGCCGCAUUGGUCUGGUCAUGGAGACUUCUCCAACACUGCGUUGGACGGGAGAGGCUGGCGAUGCGUCGCGUUUUCGGGUCUGGGGAUCCCGAGCUUUUGUCCGCGACACGUCCGCGGACAAGCUCUCCCGUCGCGCUGUCCCCUGCGUCUUCCUUGGCUUUGUCCCGGACGCCCCUGGCUGGCAGUUCUACCACCCCACCUCGCGUCGUGUCCUGGCCUCUCAGGACGUCACUUUUGACGAGUCCGUCCCCUACUACCGCCUCUUCCCCUACCGCACUGCCCCGCUCCCCCCCCCGCCUCUCUUCCUCGCUCCAGGUGCUGAGGUACCAGACCCCCUCCCCCCUCAGGGUGCCGCUCCCUCAGGUGUGUCCCAGGUAGACCCGGGUGAGCCUGUCGAGGUAGCUGUUGACUCUCGUCCUACUAGGGGUGCUGAGCCUGGGGGUGCUGCGUCUAGGGGUGCUGAGCCUGGGGGUGCUGCGUCUGGGGGUGCUGAGCCUGGGAGUGCUGAGUCUGGGGGUGCGGAGCCUGGGGGUGCUGAGUCUGGAGCCUGA